CCCAUGCCCGGUCCCCAAAAAAUUAUGAAGAAAAUGACAGCCGCUGGCACCCUCCCCCCCUUCCUCUCUCUUUUCUUCUUCAUCCUUUUGCUAUUCUCCAACCCCCUGCCCGUCUCCUCUGUCCGCUGCAACAAAGACGACAAGAAAGCGCUGCUCGGCAUUAAGGCCGCCUUCAAUAACGGCGACCACUUCGCGUCCUGGACGGAGGAGUCCAGCUGCUGCGAGUGGUACAGCGUCAUCUGCGACGCCGAGAGCGGCCGCGUCAUGGAACUCAACAUCUUCGAUGCCGACUUCGCCGGCAGCAUUCCUGCCGCCAUCGGCGACCUCUCUUACAUCCAUAGCAUCGUCUUCUACAAGCUUCCCAACGUUGUCGGCCCCAUGCCCUCCGCCCUCGCCAAGCUCAAGAACUUGGUGUACCUCACCAUCAGAGAGACCAACAUUUCCGGCCCCGUCCCCGACUUCCUUUCCGAACUCACCGCCCUCAACCAGAUCGACCUGUCCUUCAACCGGCUCUCCGGAUCCAUCCCCUCCUCCCUUGGCGACCUCCACAAUCUCACCUCCCUCGACCUCAGCGGCAACCAGCUCUCCGGCACCAUCCCGCCUUCAUUAUUCCAGAAAAUUACCAUGAAGGAGCCGCCGUCUCUCCGGCUCUCCCACAAUGAUCUAACCGGCGAGAUCCCGCCGGCUUUUGGGAAGGUGGGCUUCUUCGAGAUCGACUUGUCGCAGAACCGGCUUACCGGGGACGGCUCUCUCCUCUUCGGCCGAUCCAAGCCGACAAGCAAGAUCGAUUUGUCGAGGAACCAGUUCGAGUUUGAUCUGACGCACGUCGAGUUCCCUGAGGCCAUCAACGUGGUGAAUCUAAACGAGAACAGGAUCCACGGGAGCAUUCCGGCCCAGAUAACGAAGCUGGAGAAUCUCCAGCACCUCAACGUAAGUCAUAAUGACUUGAGUGGACAGAUUCCCAGUGGGGGGGAAAUGGGGCGGUUCGACGAGUCCCGCUUCCUCCAGAACACGCGUCUUUGCGGAAAGCCUCUCCCGCUUUGCAAGUGAGACCGGGAAUGGUUUGGCCAUGCUGUUUCUUGGACUCUAUAAUUUGUAUGAAUUUGUGUUCAAGCGUACGUGGAAGAUGUAGAGGAAGUGUCCGUGACAAGAUUUCCGACAUGUAGAAACUUAAUGUUUAAUGAAGAAUAUUAUAAUUAAAUUACUAUUGACCGAG